AUGUUUAAAGUAGAUGGUACUGAAUAUGCUUUCUCAACCUGGUUUGCAGAAAUAGAAUCCAAAAAAUAUGAAGCUAGGAUGACUGAAGAGCAAGCACAAGAAAUUUUAAAUGCAAUUGACAAUGGUGAGUUCUUAAUAAAAGUAAAAUUUAUUAGAAAUGAUUCUGUAUAUGGAGAUGAAUCUCAAACAAAGAUCACUUUUAAAAUUAUUGAUAAAUAUGAGCCUAUUUGUGAAUCAAAAAAGACAGAUAGAAAAUUCAUCAAGGGUGGCCCCAAUUUUAUACUUAUAAAGAAAACGAAACCAGGAUUUUGGAUAAAAAUAGAUAAAAAAUUUCUGGUCAAAGAAGUCAGUAAGCAAUCUGAACCAGAUGUUAAUCGAUUAAUGCCUAUAAAGGAUGGUAAGUAUAAAGAAAUAGAGAUGGUAGUUCAUAAUGGCCAAGCAUUUCCAAGAAACCAGCAUUUUUUAAGAGAUCGAAUAGUUGAAUAUUAUAAAGGUGAUACUUGGGAAGCUAUCAAUAAUACCCUUCAAGAGUCUCUUAAAGUAGUUGAUUUAGCAGAACAGUAUCCAAUAUCUGAAAAAAUAAAUGAUGAUAUAAAACAAGCCUGUGUUGAACAUGGGCAUGGUGGACACUGGAAUGCAUCCAAUUAUCAUAUUAAUAAUAUCAUAUGUAUUAAUAUGAAAGAAUGCUAUCCAGCAAGUAUGCAAGGCCAAGGAGAAUGUGCACUAUGGUUUAAUCGAUUUGGGCAUCCAACAUAUCAUCUUGUCCAAGUUGCAGUAAAUGGAAAAUUGCUCCAAGAUGAUAUUACUGGAUUUGCACAGAUAAAUUCCUUUAAAGAAGGAUGUAUAAAAAAUAAAGGAUGGGCUCUAAUAGUAUUGUUACAAUAUCUUCUUGAAACUGAUAAAGGUGAACUUGAUUUUUUAAUAAAAGAUUGUACAGAUGCUGGAACUUUUGCUGAAAGAGAAAGAUAUCUACUUGAAUUUAUACUUACAUAUUUUGAGGGUCAUCAGCCUCAGUACACACAUUUGCAGGCUUCAAUAUUAGCAUAUGCACAUAUUAAUUUGUUAAAGAUGCUUCGGAAAUUCGAUUCUAAUGAAGUAAUAAGAAUUGCUACAAAUUCUAUAUAUGUACAAAAAGAGACAUUAUAUAAGAUCAAAAAUAUACCAGCAUUCUUCAACCAAGUUGAGAUUAAAGAGUUUCUAAAAACAAAAAGACUUCUAGUAAAAUAUGAAUGUAAAAGGCAUACUCCAUUUGUUUGCAGAUUUUGCUUUGGGAAAUGGUUUUAUAAAUUGGAUUCUUGUCAGAAGCAGUUAAAUCAGCAAGAAGAACAAGAGGUUCAAGAAAUUCAACUUGACAUAAAUAUGAUUAUUUUCACUUAUACAAAUGCAUUAGCUAAAGAUUUUCAAGAAAAACAUAAUGUAAAAGCUCAAACCUGGCAUAGCUUUUUUAGAUGGAAUGAAGUAGAAGAGUGGACAUCUGAAUGCAUGGAAGAGAAGAAAUUUCCACAAGUAAUUUGUUAUGAUAAUGAUGCACAACCUCCACUAUUCUUUGGGAAAAUGCCACAUAAUUGGUUAAAAGAGCAUGUUGAUUAUUAUGAAGAAGUUUUAACUAAUUAUUAUGCAAAAUAUUCUAAAUUACGUGAAUUCAAAAAAGCUAUGCCAAGAAAUAGAUACAAACAAAACUGCCUUGUUCAGAUCCCUGGCCCAUCUGAAAAGAAGAAGUUAGUAAAAAAUAACAUAGUAUACUUAUUCUUAAAUACACUUCUUGCCAAAUUCUUAAAAGAUAUAUUGGCAGAUAAAAAAGUUAUAAAUUGGGAACUUGGAUAUGCUAUGACUAUUCAUACUAGUCAGGGGAUGACUUUUAAGUCACCACAGCAUGUUUGGAUUAUUGAUGAAAACUUAGCCUGGAAUAAUCUAAUAUAUUUGGCAGUUGGUCAUGUGAAAUAUUUAAACCAACUCAUUCAGGUUGAAGCGCCUUCAUUACCUUCUAAAAUUGACAAAGAAAAAAGUCGUAAAUUUGAUCUAACAGUUGACUAUAUUCUUACAUUAAAAUGUAUUCAAGAAAACAAAUGUGCAUUAUGUCUUAUCGAAAUAAAAUUUAAAUGGGAUCAGCCAGGAGAUAUACUUCAGUAG